GCAGCCGGGCCGCUGCCAUGGGCCUGGGCGCCAGCACCGAGCAGCCCACGGAGACCUCGGAGGGUUUCCACCUGCACGGGGUGCAGGAGAACUCCCCCGCCCAGCAGGCGGGCCUGGAGCCCUACUUUGACUUCAUCACCACCAUCGGGCACUCGAGGCUGAACAAGGAGACGGACACGCUGAGGGAUCUGCUGAAGGCCAACGUGGAGAAGCCCGUGAAGCUGGAGGUGUUCAACAUGAAGACCAUGAAGGUGCGCGAGGUGGAGGUGGUGCCCAGCAACAUGUGGGGCGGCCCGGGCCUGCUGGGCGCCAGCGUGCGCUUCUGCAGCUUCCACAGGGCCAGCGAGCAUGUGUGGCACGUGCUGGAUGUGGAACCCUCUUCGCCCGCCUCCCUUGCUGGCCUGCGCCCCUACACAGACUAUGUGAUUGGCUCAGACCAGCUCCUGCAGGAGUCUGAGGACUUCUUCACUCUCAUCGAGUCCCACGAGGGGAAGCCCUUGAAGCUGAUGGUUUAUAACUCCGAGUCCGACUCCUGCCGGGAGGUGUCUGUAACUCCCAACGCGGCCUGGGGUGGAGAGGGCAGUCUGGGCUGUGGUGUCGGCUACGGCUACCUGCAUCGGAUCCCAAUCCAGCCCCCCAACUACCACAAGAAGCCACCUGGGGCCCUGCCACCUGGUACCUCGCCACCUGGUGCCCUGCCACCUGAUACCCCACCACCUGGUGUCCCACCAUCUGGUACCCUGUCAUCUGGUGCCCUGCCACCUGGUACCCCACCAUCUGGUGCUCUGCCAUCGGGUACCCCACCACCUGGUGCUCUGCCGUCUGGUACCCCACCACCUGGUGCCCUGCCACCUGGACCCACGCCCCAGGACUCUCCUGCCCCUCCUGGCCCAGAGAUGGGUUCCAGGCAAGGUGACUACAUGGAGGCCCUGCUGCAGGCACCUGGCUCCUCCAGAGAGGGGCUGCUUCCUGAGCCUGGGGGUCUCGGCUAUGGGGCGCCAGACCUUGGGGGACUUCCACGUUCCAUGGAGACUCCUCUUCAGCCUCCACCUCCGGUGCAGCGAGUCAUGGACCCAGGCUUCCUGGACAUGUCGGGCAGCUCCCUCCUGGACAGCAGUGCCGGUGUCUGGCGCAGCCUGCCCGCUUUCCCAGAGCUGGCCUCCGCCUCCGCGUCAGCCUCAGGGCUGGAGGACGUCGGCUCCAGCAGCGGCUCUCACGAGCGUGGUGGUGAGGCCACAUGGUCUGGGUCAGAGUUUGAGGUCUCCUUCCCGGACAGCCCGGGUGCCCAAGCCCAGCAGGACCACCUGCCUCAGCUGACCCUUCCGGACAGCCUCACCUCUGCGGCCUCACCAGAAGAUGGGCUGUCUGCUGAGCUGCUCGAAGCUCAGGCCGAGGAGGAGCCAGCAGGCACCGCAAGUCCAGAUGGCAGGGCGGAGGUGGAGGCUGAGGCUGAGGGGGCAGCCAGCCCGGCCCAGCUCUCUACCCCCAAAUAACACCCUGGGCUCGGACGAGGCCCUUGAUGGCAUCUCAUGAGGCCCCGAUGUUGGGGGCGGGGGGGGUGGCUCAGGCCACAGUGCGGGGCCCAGCCCCUUGCCUGAUCCCAGCUCAGUGUCCAGCUUCCUAGGCUGCGGUUCCGAGUGAUAUGCAAGGACGCCUGCAGGUGGGGAGCUCGUGUCCACUCAGACCCUGCUGGUCUCCAAGAAAUGAACUACCAGCCUUCUGUGUGAUGGUCCUGGCUUUGGGGAAUUGGACAUUUGUUUGAGAAUCUCAAACAAGUCCUUUUGGGGUAGGAGGGAGCUGGCAGCAGCUCCCCAGGUAAAUCAGUUUUGCGGGAGCUGGAGCAGGACAGGAAAGGCUUCUUUGCUGCUUGUGUGGGGCAUGGAGCCUCUGUGGGUGGUAGGAGGAGGUGUGGGCCUUGGGGAAGGGCAUCUUUUGGCCAUGUACCCUGAGGUCCAGUGCUUGCUUCUGCUUGGUCUCUGCGGCUUCCUGGGGGGCAGCAGGGUCCAGGUGUGACGAUAGGGGGAGAAAGAGGCUGCUGUGCAGGGUUUGCCCCAUUGCUUUGUAGAGCUCCCCUUGCUUCUUCCUGCACUGGAGGGCACCCCACCCCUGGGGAACCUGAAGCCCUACUGCUGUCUGCCCGUCAUGUGCCCCCAUCCCUGUGUGACAGUGCACAGCUGGUUCAGGCUGACACCUGCCAGUCACAGCUGGAGGAGAGGCAGUGCACUUGCCCACCUCUCCUGGGAGAGGGCUGGAAAUUCACUCACCUGCGCUUGGACCACAAUGUUUCUUCCUCCCCAGGGCCUGUCCCCACAGACCUCGUAUCCCCAGUGGUGAGCCCAGUCAGCUCCCAAACUGCCACAGCAGUCUCUUCUAAAUACACAAGGCAUCCAGCCAGCCCCAGUGGUGAAUAAGACACACACCUACAUUCACCAUCCUAAGCAGCCUCAAAGCCAGUCCCAACUGGACCUCUUUACAUAGGGCUCCCACCACCGGAGGAAACGCGGCCGGGACAAGAGUGGGGAGUGCCCUUCCGUUCUUCCCUCCCACCACCGGGUGCCUUGGGAGGCCAAGGCCAGGACAGGUCUGCUCUGGCCUAGAGGAGAGGGCUCCAGCAGGGGCAGCUUGCAUCACCUCGUCCUCACCUGCCUUGGCUAGUCCCUCACCUUCCCACACUCAGUGCCGAUUACAGCGAAAGCUGCCUCUGUCCUCGUCUUCUAGUCUCUGUCCUUGUCAAGCCCCCCUUUGCUGCUUGAUUUGUAAUGUCCGCACUCACAAGGAAACUCAGAGCUCCAUUAGGCCCUUAGCACGAGGACUAUUGGCCGUGGGGGGCACAGACCAGUAUAUGGAGGAAGGGCCCCAAAUUAGCCAACACUAAGUUUCUAGCACUCUGCACUGAAAGCAAGCCCUGUCAAGCCCACCAGCGCAGCUAAGGCUGCAAAACAGGGAGGCCUGCGUCCAAAGCCAGUGCUGGAGCUGGUCCCAGUGUCCGCCUGCAGAAACCCGGGAAGAAGGGCAGCUCCCCUGGCCGACCUGGCACUCUGACCCAGUCACCCUCAGCGUGGGCUCUGUUCUUCUCCACUUUACACUCCUCUCCCUAACUGGAGGAUAAAAUGGGUAUCAAUGCUAAUCAUUUCUAGGGUCAACAUGAAACCAGAGGUUUCUUAACUUCUCUGUAAUCUGCUAUGAAGGAAAAUGACCAGUGAAAGAAAUAAACAUGUACUAUACUUUGAAUAUUUUAACUAAAGCCUUUAUUCUAUACAACUGUGAAAUACAG